AUGUCCAUCUUCCUCGUUGCCCGCUUCAAGGCCAAGGACGAGGCCGCGUCAGCCAAGGUCGAGCAACACCUCAAGGCGGUCCGCGACCACGCCUUGAGCGACAAGGAGCCUGGAUGCUCGUUCUACAACCCCACCCGUGGUAGGGACGACCCCCUCGACUGGCACGUCUACGAGGAGUACGCCGAUCAGGCUGCCAUCGAUGCACACAUGGCGGCCCCCGUUUUCCAGGCGUUCGCGGCCGACGCUCCCAACCUCAUCACCGGCGGCAUCGGCGGCAUUGACAUGAAGUUCUACAAGAACGUUUAG